GAAAAAAGUCGUGUGUACAAAAUCUGGAUAAACGCCUCGGCGUCCCAGGCUCUGGGCCGCUUGACCGUCUGUGCACCGAACUCCUCCGCUUGCGUCCCUGGCUACUUUGUGGGGAGCCCCACUCCCCCCUACCAUUCAUUGCCUUCGAGUACCUCCGGGUGCGACAGGGACAGAGCAGUGCGGGAGCAGCGGGAGAGCGCAGCGGCCCAGCCAUCGGCGGAGACGGCGGCGGCGUGGCGGGGAGACAGCAGGGGCGGGAGAGGGCGCGGCCCUGCAGUGGAGCGCCCAAGAAGACGCGGAAGCAAGCCGAGCUCGGGGAAUUCUCUGUGCACGUGCUGGGGUCAUUCCUGGAGUCACUCGCUCCAUGCAUGCGUCAUUGCUGCGUCGAAGGUCCGUCGACUUGGGUCGAACUUGAGACAAGCUCUAGGGUCAAGCUGCAGUUGAACGCAAGUUGUCACGCGCAAAUGCAGGCUGGUGAAGUGCACGGCAUCUGGUGCACCGUACAAAUUGCACUCCACAGAUCGCACCUCAUGAAUUGCUCCCCACACAUGUCCCCCAUUAGUUGUACAGAGAAACUUGCUAUGUUUGAUUUCGAUGCAGAUGCAGAAGUGUCACAGUACACGGAUGCGCAGCGAGAGGAAAUCAGACGACAGGCACACAAGGCAUUAAGCCUUGGAGGUUUCAAACUCUCGCAGCUCUGCCUGGAAAGACUAUAUGGAAAGGCAUCACUGACCAUGCCUUGUAGAAUAGAGCAUUCCUGUAUAAUACUCUCGGCUAUACAAGCGCGAAGACCAUGGCUUCAGCAGAAGGAGCUAUCUACGUACAUGCAACGGGUAAGCGAGGCCGACAGUCACAGCAAGCACGACCUAAAUCACAAUGCAAGCGCCAGGCGGCAUACAAAUGUAAUGCCGGGGGCGACUGAGCAAGGUUGGAGCCGACGAAUCAGCACAGAAAAUCACAGCACCCCGGCGCCAGUGUUGUUCUCCUCCACGUCGGGCUGGCCGAUCUCCGUGGCCUGCACGCCGGGCACCGCGUCCCAGGGAUCCGCCACCUUGCUCGCGACGACCUCCCUGGCGCGGCGGGCGCGCAGGCGCUUCCGCCAGAGCAGGACUCCGAGCACCGCCCCGAGCAGCACGGCGGUGGCCGCGGCGGUGGCCGCGGCGGCGGCGAGCACGAGGGAGCGCAGGAGGUUGCCCGCCGCGGCCUCCCUUUCCGCCUCGGAGGGCUCCAGGUACUCGUAGGCCAGCUCGUAGGGGUCCGAGCCUUCGCCCAUGCUGAGGUCCGGGUCGACGUCCACGGGGCCGGAGAGCUGCUCCACGGACACCACCUGCAGCUGCAGCAGCCCAGAAGCGGCGGGCGCCUCCGUCAGCAGCGCCCCCAGCAGGGGCUCGCCCACGUCGGCGGACACCCGCCGGGUGGUCACGGACACCUGCAGCACCAGCACGCGCGCCUCCUGCUCCAGGCGCCUUGCUGCCGCCUCGGCCCACUGCAUGGACACGGCCGUGACCUCCUGGAACGGCACGUCCAGCAGCCCCGCCGCCCUCAGGCGGACCGUGUGCAGGGUCUCGUUGGCCGCGUCCGCCCCGCACAGGUCGGAGCAGUGCACCCCGAGCUCCCACUCCGCCUGGAAGCUGGCGGCCACGUCGAGGACCUCCGCCCGCACGCACUGCCCGUGGGCCACGGCCUCGCCGUCAGCGCACUCGUCGACGCACUCGUCCUCGUGGUGCGAGUAGUACUGGUUCUCCAAGAAGCAGCCGUAGACGGGGGAGUAUGUCAGCGCAUCGAGGUCCAGGGCCUCCUUGGCGGCCUCUAUCAUCUGCGACAGCUCUGGUGACUGCGGUUCCGUCGUCACGGUAGCCGCGGUCGUGGUGACCCCUCCCAGCUCCUGCGAGAUCUCUUCUGAGUCGUCUUGGUCCUGGUGGUGAAUCGCGUGGACGUAUGCGUAGGGAUGGGGGAUGUCGUACGCCACCGCGUCGGUCGGGUCGGUCUGGCCCGCCUCGUACGCCCUCGCGGAGGCCACCUGGAUCCGGGAGUCCUGCGACUUGGUGGAGACCCACUGCUCGCCGAUGCCAAACAGCAGGGUGUCCUGGUGCAUCACGACGCUGUCGCCCGAUUCGCUGUAGCACACCCGCAGGUAGGCGUGGGGCAUCGUGAGAUAAGGGUGGAUGAUGUAGAUAGACGGGUCCCGAAUCCGGAUCGUGGCGAAGCCGGAAUCGUUGACGGGCACGUUGCCCCCGUUGAACGCGGCAUCGUCGUACUUUGGGAAGGAGUUGACGAAUCCGCGGUAGAUCGACGCGUUCAGGUGGCUCUCGAGAGGGUCGUAAGACCGCAGGGAUUCGUAGGGGGCCCAGAACGUCAAGUGCACUGGUUUGUCCUGUUGAGGCGGGCAGGUUGCCGAGGACGACCUCCACGUCGGCAUCCUCGGGGCCCUCGGAGAGUCUGCUGCUGCAGGUCUCCCCGCCCUCCAGGUAGCAGCCGAAGCCGUCGUGCGGAUUUCGCCGCCGAUCCUGGUCGCACCGGCCCCAGAUGUGGUCCAGCUGCUGCGCCCAGGACCACAGCCUGCGGCCCGCCCGCGGCGCCGCGCCCGCGACGCGGAGCGCCAGCAGCGCGAGCAGCGGCGGAAGGCCCACGCGAGCAGCCGCCAUCAGCUCGGGGCGGGGAGGCUCGGCCGGAACAACGCCCUGCCCGCGCGAGCGAGCCAGCUCGUUACUGGAGGCCAGGCGGGACACUCGAGGCGGCCACAGCGCUUGAGCCAAACCGGCAACGGAACGGAGUAGCUUCUUCUCGUAACAAGGGCACGCUGCAAGGAGUCGCUGUUGCGGGGACACGCGCCCGCGGCAUGUCCUGCUGCUCGGCACGGUCAUGUCAGUAUGUGUCUGCGCCUGUCUCAC